UCAGAAGAGCAGCAGUCAGGGCAGUGUGCUGAGACCGCCCCUGCAGUUUAAGCGGGACGUGGGUGUAGUUUGGAGCAGAUGCCAUCAGACGCUGAGCGCUCGCUCUGUUGCUUCAAACUCUUGCCUCGCGGGGGGGGGGGGAACGAAAAGAAGAAAUAAAAGCCGUCGUCGCUGCUGCGCUCGCGCCCGCUCCCGCACCCGACCGGGGGCCGGGUCCCUAUUGGCUGCACUUUUCUCCUCUCCGUCAGUCCUCCGCUGAUUGGACGGACGCUCCGCUCCGCACCGCUCUCACCGUCGGCGGCUGCACGAGAGCGGCGUGCGGCACCGAGAGACGCCGCGCGGCGAGCACAGGAGCGGAGAAGGGAGCACGCACGGAGCUGCCAGAGAUUAGGACAAGUUAUUGAAACGGGGGAGCCUGGGAGCGCAGCCGCGGAGAUGGCGUGAAUAGACGGAGGCCAUACUGCGUCAGAUGAGAGCCAGCAGGGUCAGUUCAUCUCACCUGUGAGCCAAGAGUUGGACUAAAGUGCCCUCUCAAUGGUUGCAAGCAGAUCUAGACAUGGACGCACACCUUCCCCUGUGUUUCCAGCUUAGAUGUUGUUACAGGAAAUGCUGCUGAGGACGACACAAAAAAACUGCAAACGAAUGAGAACAGAGGAGUCGCUGGUUGCAUUUGGAGAGGAACUGCUCAGACAAGAUUGAGACUUAAUACUUCAGGAGAAAAACAUAGAUAAAGCAUGCAGAAUUGAGGACCUUUCUUCGAGCUGCGAUGGGACUCUGCGACGCUACAAAUCUAAGAAGUCUCCUCAGCAGUCCUUCUCAAUCACAACACCAGCAUUAGACGGUGGAGGGGAGCCGAUAUCUGAAGUUAAUGUCAGCGGUGUUGCGGAAGCAGCCUGAAGCUGCACCGCCGGAUCUACCGAUACCAAUGGGGGUGUGGCCUCAACGAUUCCAACACUGCUGCCGCUGGUAAUGCUAGCCCACAGCAAUGCCUUCUAAGGUCUCCUGCUUGUACUUGCUGACUGUGGUAUGCUGGGCCAGCGCUCUGUGGUACCUGAGUGUGUCCCGCCCUUCGUCUUCCUACGUGGGCCAAGUGUCCGUACCGAUGCGCAAGGCGCCCAAAGUGAGCAAGAACUCCACGUUCAGUAACAUCCGCACGCGCUCCCUCAACCCGCACGACUUCGGCUACCUCAUCAACGAGGUCAAGAAGUGCGAGGCCGAGCUGCCUUUCCUCGUCAUCCUGAUCAGCACCACCCACAAGGAGUUCAACGCCCGUCAGGCCAUCAGGGAGACGUGGGGCGACGAGACUACCUUUCCGGACGUGCGCGUGGUCACGCUUUUCCUGCUGGGCCGGAGCACAGACGCCGUCCUCAACCAGAUGGUGGAGCAGGAGAGCCAGAUAUUUCACGACAUCGUCGUAGAGGACUUCAUUGACUCGUACCACAACCUGACACUUAAGACGCUGAUGGGCAUGCGCUGGGUGGCCACGUUCUGCCCCAAGGCUCAGUAUGUUCUCAAGACAGACAGCGACAUCUUUGUCAACAUGGAGAACCUCAUCUACAACCUCCUGAAGCCCAACACCAAGCCAAGACGGAGGUAUUUCACGGGCUACGUCAUCAACGGUGGGCCAAUCAGAGACAUCCGCAGCAAGUGGUACAUGCCCAGGGAUCUCUACCCUGAAAGCAAAUACCCGCCGUUCUGCUCUGGCACUGGUUACGUCUUCUCAGCCGACGUGGCCGAGCUCAUAUACAAGACCUCCUUGCACACCAGGCUCCUGCACCUGGAGGACGUUUACGUCGGCGUGUGUCUCCGUAAGUUGGGCAUCCACCCCUUCCAGAACAGCGGCUUCAACCACUGGAAGAUGGCCUACAGCCUCUGCCGCUACCGGCGGGUGGUCACCGUCCACCAGAUCUCCCCUGAGGAGAUGCACCGCAUCUGGAACGACAUGACCAGCAAGAAACACCUCAAGUGUUAGCAGACUAAAUGAACCUUUCUGCAGAUGCGUUCAGGGCUUUGUUGUGCUUUAAAAGCUUGGCCAGGAUGCUUUGUGCAAUGAUUUUUUUUUUUCCAUGACGGGGAGCUUAAACGUGUGUUUGGCUCCUCAUUUACACAAGGCACAGACUGUCCCCAAUUACCAGGAGUGCUGAUGAGAUAAAGGCUGACAGACGCUCGGCUCGGCUCAGUCACAAUCUCUGAUUUUGAAUGUUCUUCAUGCGUUCGUUGUAUUUUCUGAACGAGGCAUUGAUACUGGAUAUCUGAUACCGCAGCAGUCAUUGAGAGGAUUAUUGUGGAUCUGCAGCGUGAUGACUCGAUGUUGAAAGCACUAGUAUCUACGAGAGGACAAUGUUCUGCACGGAUAGACGUUUUAUUUUCUGAAAAAGAUUUAAAGGGGAGCGGAUCAGAAUGAAAACACGGCUGCUAGCAUUCCUGACUGAAUGUUAACCUCUGUUGGUGUGUGAAGUGCAGUAUUUUCACUGUGGCAGUGCUGUGAGCAGGCUGCAAACUACCGUAUUUUCUAUUACUUGAACACAGAGAGCAGGAGAAGUAUAUACUGAGAACAAAUCUUACCGUUUUUGAGCAGUUUUUCUUUGUUUUCAAUUACUUGAGAUCGAAUAAACCUGUUUCAUAAGA